AUGGACCUGGAUCGAUAUUUGGGAGCCCAGAUCCCGCUCGAUUUCAGCAACCCAAAGCCAUGGGUGCUCAGCCGACACAUCGAGAACCUCGUCUCGAGGAUCCAAGGCGAGCCCGACAAGAGGUCGCAGAAGACGCGCGACAAGAACGACAUCGGAGAUCGCCACCUGCACAUGAGCUUCGCCGAGCUGCAGCGCAUGCGCCUCCGAGAGCUUCAGUGCCGGCUCGUCAAGAGCAUCGUCGACAUGAGGAUCGACCCUCGGACCCCGGUCGACUGGGAGGCGAACCUGAAGGAGUACAUCCAGGCGGUACGCGACUAUGACUUCAUGACCGAAUGCAGCCAACGCGCCAGUGACCCGUUCGAUGUCUCGGCGGAGCGGCUGACAGACGACGAGAUUAUGCAGCGGGCCGCGUUCGUCCGAAACGCAUGGCAGACCGACGAGGAGUUCCACGCCUUGGACGCCGUGAUGCCGCUCGGGACGGGACCCUUCUCGAAGUCGUGGGAGGCACAGAGGAACCCGAUCGGCGGCACGCGGCACGCCAGCAUCCGGAAGACGUGGUACGGCGCCUUCCUCGAGCGGCUCGGGUUCGCUAUUCUCGGCGCCGGCUUCCUGUUGGCGCCCAUGUGGAUCAUGGUCCUCCACAAGACGCGGAACACUUGCCUCAUCACGACGACUGCUUUUGUCGUCGUAUUCGGUACGCUCCUGGCCUGGCGGAUGGAGAAGCCAGCAGAUGUUAUCGCCGGCACACUGGCGUACGCUGCCGUGCUGGUCGUAUUCGUCGGGUUGGCCGUCUGA